UUAUAACAAAAACUAACAUUUUAUCAUUCUUCUUUUAUCAAUCUCUCAUUUGAGUUUCAGGGAGUUAGGUGAAAGGUUGUAUCUUGAUUCUUGGUAAUGGCUGAGAUUUAAGGAAAAAAAAGAAGACUUUCAAUUUUUUUUUUUUUUGGAUUAGCGGCGGAGAUGAGCGCUUCGAGGUUCAUAAAGUGUGUCACAGUCGGCGAUGGUGCCGUCGGAAAAACAUGUAUGCUGAUCUCUUACACCAGCAACACUUUCCCUACGGACUAUGUUCCGACUGUUUUCGACAACUUCAGUGCUAAUGUGGUUGUAGAUGGGAACACUGUGAAUCUUGGAUUGUGGGAUACAGCCGGUCAAGAAGACUAUAACAGGUUAAGACCAUUAAGUUACCGUGGUGCAGAUGUCUUCAUUCUUGCUUUCUCUCUUAUUAGCAAAGCUAGCUACGAGAACAUAGCGAAAAAGUGGAUUCCUGAGCUCAGGCAUUAUGCACCUGGAGUUCCUAUUAUCCUCGUUGGAACAAAACUCGAUCUUCGAGAUGACAAGCAGUUCUUCAUAGACCAUCCCGGUGCAGUGCCUAUAACUACAAACCAGGGAGAAGAACUAAAGAAACUGAUAGGAUCUCCGGUUUACAUCGAGUGUAGUUCAAAGACUCAGCAGAACGUUAAAGCAGUCUUUGACGCAGCUAUAAAAAUGGUGCUUCAACCACCGAAUCAAAAGAAGAAGAAACUGAACAAGAGUCUUUGUGUUAUAUUGUGAUCUCUUCUUUUUUUUUUUUU